CGGGGGUUGACUCGCGCCGCGGGGGCGAUGAGCGCAUUUCCCUCCGCCCUGAGACUGACCUGCUGCUGCUGGCUUUUGCUGACCUGCCUCGUCGUCGUCUUCCUGAUACCCGCGCCCUGUACCAGCGACACACCGCAGCGGGUGUCACGCCGUGCCCGAGAUUGGCCAGGAGGUGAUGAUGAUGCGGCGGCGUUGCACGGUUGGUCCAGCUACCUUGACGACGAUGAAGGCGUUGAGACUUACGAGCGAAUAUCCAACGACGACAAUGGCGACGACUUCGAAGACGAGGAAUCCGAGAGAAACAUCACUGCGGAAAAAGGAAAGUACCUUGGAUCGCCUUGUGACGUCGAGUGCAAUCCCGAACUACAGCACGUGUUCUGUGAUUCAAUCACUGGCUUCUGUGAAUGCGAAAAGUUCUACCCCGUUCGUCUCGGGGUUACCAAGGGAUGUGCCAAACCCAAAAGACUCGGAGAGCAGUGCUUCUAUCGUGCAACGUGCACUUUUACGGAUCAGCAUUCGACGUGUACUCAGAUUCAACACAAUGCAGUGUGCGAUUGCGAGGAGGGAUAUCACAAAGUUGCCCUAUCUAGGCCUAACAAAAAAGUUUUCUGCGCGGAGGAUCUGGUGCUGAUAAGUACGGACCUUCCGACCCUAGUCUGCAUAGCAUCGGGGAUAGCCAUCUUCACGGCGAUGAUAUGCUUCGUGCUCAAACUAUUCAGCCGGGCGAGGUAUUCAAGGCCGCGGCAUUACGCCAACGCCAAUCAUGCGCCAUCCAUGCUGUUUUCCAGUGAUACGGGCAUACCAUUGACGCUGCACGGACGUCCGUCCUCGCGAUCGAGCCAGCGAAGCAGCAGUGCCGGGCCCCUCAGCUGCGCGUUCACGAGGAGGCCAAGCAGCGGCGGCAGCCGAGGACCCCUAGUACCGGCGUCCAGAGCAGGUUCCCGCCGUCCUAGUUUAGCGUCGGUCCAUAGUUCGACGUCUUCGUCCCGUAGUUAUAGCGCACGUCGACUCGAAAAAGAAAGAAACGAAAAGGAGCAACGCCAAGCACUUCAGGAACUUCGACUAGCAAAGCAGCGAGAACAAAUGCAACAGCAACAGGUGGCGCCAACGCCUAGUCCUAGAACACCUCAUUCCACAGACGAGUUGCUACCUUCAGUCGAAGAAGGGAAAGAAGUUUUUUACAACGAGCAGGUGCCGACGACAUCUGAAAUAUCAAAUACAAUCCCAAUAACGACUCCGACAACGUCGUCGAUGAUGACGACGACGACGGCGACCACGGCAACAACCACUUCCAACGCGACGACAACCCGAAUAGGCGAGACUACGCCUAUAGCAACGCCAACAACGUCGAUCUUCGGCAUGAGCGUUGCGCCGCGGGCUUCCGAUGAUAUUUUUCAAGUGUAGCCUUCGUCUAGAUACGACGAUGGUCAAUGGACUCGCAGUUUAUUAACGACUUUUUACCGUAUUUGCAAGAACCAACUACAACAGAGCAAAGAAGAGUCGCGUACGUAAAAAAAAAAAAAUAAAAGUGUGAUAAAACACACGAUAAAACACAAAGCUCUAAUAUAUCUAUUAUAUAGGUGUGCAUGCACAAAAUUAUCGAAAAUAAGUUAAAACUAUAUUCUGUCCACAUUAAAAGUCCACAUCAAAUUAGUUCUCUGAAUAAAAAUAACACCACAAAAUCUAACGAUUACAACUAUAUUUUUGUUUCGAAUUUUCUACCGAAAAAAAGUGCUUUGAAAAGAAAAAUUUAUAUAUAUUAUUAUUUUUACUUAAUAUACGUAUACACACACACGUGCGCACAUGUACCAUUUCUGUGAUAUGUAAAUGCAGUGUUCGGUAUCAGAAUGAUUGACAAAAAGAGAAAUAUCUGACACAUAUUUGAUUCAAGUAACUCUUUGAUUAUAAUUUACACACGUUUUAAUUUUUUCUUCGCGUCACAUAACAUUAAAAAAAAAAAAAAAAAAAANAAUACGUAAUCGCUGACUUUUCAUAAUGUGGACAAAAUAUUAUUGCAAAUAUUAUUGCAAAUACAAGGCACUUUCUGAAUGAACAUACUUGGGCACAAGUGUACUUAAAACGAAUUAGAAGGUGACGGAUGUAAUAAAACAUAUUUUUAACUUGGUAUUUGCACAGACAGAUAAGUACUUAUACGAAUGCAGCUGAACAUUCAAAAAAGAGCAAGGAUUUAUGGCGUAAUUAACGUAAGGCAAUCAAUAUGUGCGCGCAAGAUGCCAGUUCUUUUUGAAUGUUGUGACAAGCAUAGACAGAGUUAUUGAAAAAUAUUUAAAUAACUAUGUCUGAGUGCGAAAAAAAAAGUGCAUUUACGCUUAGAUAUUUAACAUACUAUGCGAAGAUUUGAAAUUGAUAUAUAACAGGAAUAUGCUGAAUUAUAUAAUCAGAGAACAAAGAAGAGUUAGCGUCUCAAUGCUUUGAAAUCAUUGAAACAGAGUUUAUGUUACCCUAAUACGGUGUAUUGGAAAGAUACGUAUCUUGCAAAAAUAUAAAAGUGUUUUUAUAAUAAUGUAAAACUCAUAUGUAGAUUUGUCUGGUUAUCGUGGUAUCACGGUUGUGCCACGAUUACUGCGUGUGCACCUUCUGCAUAGAUAUAUAUAUUUUGUCUGAAUAAUUGAAUCUUUUGGUAUCGAAAAUUUUCAUUAUACGAUAUUUACAGUCUUUUGUAAAGCUGUUGCAGAGAGUUUUUAAAAAAACCAAAUAUUUGUCAGAAACAAAUUAUAUAUAAGAAGAAUUUAGCCAAGUUAAUUUGUGAUUACAAUUAAUUUUAUAUAUAAUUUACAUAUCACGCAAAAUUCGUCACUACGUAAUUACAUAUUGAAAUCGACUUACACAUUUGAUGAAAGCAUUGAUUCGCUUAAAAACUAACAUCACUAUAGAAACCGUAUCGUAAAAAAACUUUUUAUGAUUCUCACGACAUAUAAAUAUAAUUGUGCUUGUUUCGAAGUGCAAUAAUAACAAUGAUUCAAAUUUAUAUAUCGAGAUAAAUCAUAUAUUAUAUUAUCUAAACAGAUUGAUCUCAAACUAGAGAAAUCAUUUUGAUGUUAAAAAUAUCUGUUUUAUGAUUACAUAUUGUAAAAUCAAUCGUCACGUAAUCAUUUCGAUUUUUCAAAAUAUACAAUCACAUAUCAACAGUCGUAAAGCGCACCGUUUCGUUUUAUUUGUCGAAUAAAAUAAAAAAUCAAUUUUGAUCGAGUAAAAUUAUUGUAUACGUUAUGUUAAACUUUUCGCGAAAUAAAAAAAAAACACGAUUUGAGAGGAAGACUAUUGAAGAGACAAUCUCGAGCGGAUCGAGGCUAAAUAUAUUAUAUUUACAGCCUUAAGGAAUAAAUAAAAAUGGGAACGCAAUCUAUUUCUGUUGACUCUUUACAAGUAAUAAUAAUGAGAUUGUAAAAGAUGAAUUGAGCCACUGCUUUAUUGUACAGACGUUUUCUUCCUUUACUUAUCUAAAUAAGAUGAUGUGAAAUAGUAUAAGCAAAGAUUUCUUCUCUCAUUGUCAGUGAAACAGUUCUGUGUCAAUUUGGUUUCAGACAUUACUACAAUGAUUUAUUUAUUUAAUUGUCAACUGUACAUACACGAUGUGAUACAUACAAGCUCUGUUUAUAUCGUUAGGUAACAGAUGCAAAAUAUAUAACUCUUAUAUCUAUUAGUAGAUAUUACUGUAUAUUGUAUAAUGAUAUUACAUUUGUUGAAUAUAUUUGUUGAAAUGAAAUCGCUAUACAUUAAUUCUUUUUGUUUGUAACUUUUAACGCGCACUAGAGAUCGAUUGUUAUACAAAUAAACAAUCUAAUAACAAAUUUUUCUAUUUUUUUAAAUUGUCACAAAAAUGAACUUAAAUUAUCGUAUAAACAAAUGUUUAUUUUUAAGAUAGUUUGUCAUGUAAAAAUGUUUGUCGUGUACAAAAUUUGAUAUGGUGACUCAAAAAAGCUAAAACAAAAUCUCUCUUUUUCAUUCUGUGUUUGUUAUAUUUUUUUUCAUAUUCUCAUCGAAAUUUAACACAAUCAAGCACAAUCCGAUCUCGUCGAUCUCUCUCAAGAUUGUUUCACGAUUCUUCAAACUAUAAGUUUCGGUCGUUAGAUUCGCAUAAAGAGCGUAGCAAUAUACCGAUCAUACACAAAGAAGCUAUCAUAUGCGAUUAUACGUUCGUAACAAAGAUUUAUGAACCGGUCAGAAAGCUAUAAAUCUAUUAUUAUAGUGAAACGUGUCGACAUUGUCGUGUUCGAAUAAUUUAUAUACGCUGCCUUUCCCGAGUAAAUAAUAAUAACAAAAAAAAAAAAAAA